AUGUUAAACAAAGACAAAGAUUUAUUUGACUUCUUAUCAAAUGCACCUAAAGAAUUUAGGGAAGGAGAACAAAUUAAAAAAUAUCAAAUGAAGAAUGGAGAUUUUAUACACUGUGUUUUGUGGAAUAUGCAUUUUUAUUUAACAGGCACUGACAUUGUAAAAAUAUUGUUGUACAGAUUUCAAACGUCCGGUAGACAACUUACUAAUCUAAAAAAAUUUGAGGAAGGAAUUUUUAGUGACUUAAGAAAUCUAAAGCCGGGCAUUGAUGCCACGCUAGAAGGUCCAAGGAGUGAGUUUCUUGAAUUUUUAUAUAAAAAUGGGUGUAUUCGUACCCAAAAAAAACAAAAAGUUUUCUACUGGUACAGUGUCCCACAUGAUGCACUGUUUUGUGAUGCAAUGGAAAGAGAUAUGAGACGAGAAACACAAAUGAUGUCAUAUAAUAAAUAUAUUAAUGCCUCGGGUAGAAUGACACCAUCUCCUAAUUACAACAUGAUGCGUAUGGAUAAAAUGGGAGAAAUUGACCAUAGAAAUAUUAAUUACUCACAUUUAGAAAAUAAUACACAGCACUAUUUAAAGGAACCUAUGCGUAUUUUUGAUCCAAAUAUAAAUUCUCAAAAAUAUAUUCCUGAUUAUCUAAGACACACACCUACAGCUCCGAUGCGUGUUUAUCCAGAAUAUACUGAUUAUGAACCUGAUCCAUUUUAUAAGGACAGUUCACUAAAAAAUGAUAUAAAUUUUUACGGGAAUCAUAAACAGAUAUCACCUUCUGAAAUAUCAAAGCCACAUUCUCGAAAAGAUUUAUCAAUUGAGGAUUUUGAUUUUUUAAAAGCAAGAAUAGAUUCUCGAUCAAAAGAGGAAGCAGAGAAAAAGAAAAAACUUAAUAAAAAAAUAAGCCUAGGCGAAAAUAGCAGUGAUAUAUUUGGAGGAUAUUAA